CACGUCACCAAGGCUUCAAAGAUCACUAUAUUCAGCGACUUUGCAACCAGCAAAUGGUCAAAUUCGUCGUCACACUAGUAGAGAACAUAUAUCUCAAAUACCCAUGUCUAUUCCUCCAAAACCAAAUACUAUUCCACAACCACAUAAUCAAUCCCAAUAUUCACACUCUUUAUCAUCCUCCCCUUAUAUAAUUGGGCCUUAUAACCAGUAUUCCUAUAAACAUAGUAAAUCACAACCCCAUUUGCCAAUGUCACAAAAUACUAUGUCUAUGAGCCUUCACGAAGUGCCCGAAAUAGAGUCUCCUUAUGUGCGUCCUAAACACACAAUUUCAUCGGAACCAGAUCUUACGCUUAGGAAAUCUGAUAUUCGAUCACAGCACAGUGAUGUAAUUUUUCCAGAUAGUAUCGAUGAAAAACCACUUUGGCCCAAAUUAGCGGAUAAUAGUUCUACAUAUCUUGAUGAAGAAAUAUCUAUAUGGGCUAAAGCACCUAAACCCACGCAUCCUUCGCGUACAUCCAACAGAACAAGCCCUGUAGAUACCUCGCGUCAAUUUACUGACAAAGAUGAAAAUAUUAGCGAUGACGACGAAGGAAUAUGGGCCCAGAAGCCUAAGCAAAGUAGUCUUAGACAAAGUGAUAACUCGGCAGAUAAAAAUUCUGCUAAUAUUGAACAACAAAAUAAUUUACCUGAAAAUGCCGAACAAGAUAGUAAGGAGGUCGACAAAGUUCAGAAUAUAAUUUCUCAAUCAGGAGAAUCAUCAAAUCAUUCAUCGCAGCCUAAAAAACGGACUAAUGUUGGUAGACUUGCACGACAUGUCUCAAAGCGCAGAGGUGUAAAGCCUGAAGAUUCCUGGAUUGAGCGUCCAACUGCCGAAGAUGUUUUUGAAGAUCUAGAGCAAUAUUUCCCUCAUCAUAAUCUUGAUAUGCCUAUUGUGGAAGCUCAAGAAUCUACACAGAAUCCAUCGUCCAGUGGUGAACCAGUGCCACAAACAGUGCCAGCAUCCGCUGUCCCUGAAAAAACCGGAGCGAAAAUUUCGCGUGGAAAGUCCAUCCGUGCCGCUGCUCGAGAAGCAAGAGAUCGCGAACAUACCAAUCGGAAAUCAGUUGAUGCCACUACAGUAAAAGAGGGAAAGCGACUAAGCAGAAAGCCAACAACUAAACUAUGGAACAAACGUGUUGUUGAGCGAACACCGCCCGGUAAAAAAGCACCUUGCCUUUCCGGUUCUGAUGAAAAUUGUAACGAAAAUAAACCUGUUAACUGGGUGAAAGGUAAACUAAUAGGUAAAGGUAACUUCGGAAAAGUCUAUCUUGCGUUGAACUUGAGCUCAUCUGAAAUGAUAGCGGUCAAACAAAUCGAGUUACCGCAAACUUUAUCAGAUAAAAGGAAUGAACGUCAAAAAGUUCAGAUAAAAUCUUUUAAAGACGAAAUGGAAAUUCUGAAGGACUUGGAUCAUGAGCACAUAGUCUCAUAUAUCGGAUAUGAGGAAAACGAUGAAACCGUUAAUAUUUUUCUCGAAUAUGUUAAUGGUGGAUCUAUUGGAACAGUUCUAAGAAGUAAUGGUCCGUUUAAAGAGCCUGAUAUUAAAGCAGAUAAUAUCCUCGUAGAUGAAGAUGGUUGUUGUAAAAUAUCUGAUUUUGGAAUAUCAAAGAAAAGUGACCACGCUUUUGCCUAUGAUAAUAAUUCUAAUAUGUCAUUGCAAGGUACAAUAUUUUGGAUGGCACCAGAGGUUUUCACUAAUGGAUAUAGUGCCAAAGUAGACAUAUGGAGUCUUGGUUGUGUAGUACUUGAGAUGUUUACUGAUGAGCGACCUUGGUCUACAUUGACAGAUCUCGCUGCCAUGUUUAAGCUUGGAAGUGAAAAAAAAGCGCCCCCAAUAAAAGAUGAUAUUGAGAUGUCAGCUGAAGCUCGAGAUUUUAUAAACAAAUGCUUCAUAAUAGAUCCGGAGGAAAGACCAACAGCCGAGGAACUUUUAAAACAUCCCUUCGCACAAGAAGAUCCCAACUUUAAUUUUAAAGACUAUAUAAAGAUACCUGGUAAUAACAGUACCGUUUCUGCAAUACCGGAGGAUCACGAAAACACCGGUUGA